UUUUUGCGAUGCAGCAGUGAAAAGCGACCCGAAACUCGGAACUGAUCGUACCAAACCAAAACCUAACUUGGGCCAAAGAUCAGACCUUGUCGGACUUCCACCGAAAGGCAAGGACAACUCUUUUUGCGAAAUGCAGAAGAGCUAGGAAAAUAGGCAAUUAGGCAAACACUGACGAAUAGUGCUAAAAUUGGAUCCGCGCCGUCUUAUCGCAAUCAGCAGCGCUUUAAAAAAUGGCAGAAUCUGAAAAUGGAAUAACAGUCAGGAUUUCUCCCUCAAAAGACCUCCCUUUGGAAGCCAACCAAAAGCCUAUAAAUGCAGAGCCUCAACUUGGGAAACCAAUAAAAAUUUACACCAUAAAAUUAAAAAAAGCUGACACACCCAGCCAACCUGUUGUCGCUGCACAAAUUGAACCUGCGGCCACAUCUGGGAUCAACAAGGAAGACAUCCAGAAACUUGUUGCGGACUCGAUAGGCGCCCAACUAGGGAAGUUGGUCGAGACAAUUGCGAGCUCUGUGGAGGCCAAGUUAUCUCCGAGCCUUAAAAAGCGAGUUUUGCAGAAGAGGCGAAACAAUGAUGGGACCCAAAAGCAUACUCUUGCAAAGCAAAUUAAAAUUGAUAAGCCCUUGCCAUCAUCAAAUGCAAAAAAUUCAGCUCCUGGUACUUCUGGUUCCGGCAGAAGCAAAACUCGAGAGUAUUCAGGCGAAGAUGUGAACAGCGCCAUCGAAGCUGUCCUCAAUGAGGACUGGACGGUGAGGAAAGCCUCAAAGACAUUCAAUGUCCCGAGAUCAACUUUAGCAAACAAGAUGAGGAUGGUGACAGAACUUGGUGCUGUGCCAGAUAUUGCAGAGCUGACCAAAUCACCAGGGCCAAGACCAAUCUACGGAGUGGAUACAGAAGAGGAGCUCAAGAAAUUUGUCUUGCAAAUGUUAGAGCGAAGCUUCCCUUGCAACCACGAACUUUUGUGUGACUCCAUCAUGGACAUUGCCGUCGAAAAAGGGUCUGUGGAAAAUAUUGACGCUUUAAAGAAGCCUAGCUCAUCGUGGUGCCACCGUUUUUUGGAUCGACAUCCCGAGCUGAAAGGGAUUCUGUCUGCUUACCAUCCCAGAGCUAAUAAAAAAGAGGGUGAUGAGGAAUGGAGGAGCAACCUGUGGACACGGCUGGUGAAACUGGGCUGUGAAGAUUUGCUCUCGCAACUGAACCGCGUCUUUACUCUCGAUGAAAUCGCUGUGCCUUUUGUCGACUCAAAAAUCUGCAGAAGAAAUGAGAGUCGCUGGUUUUACUGCUCCAACAAGGAUGCUGUCCGUCAAGCUUGCAUCUGCUUCAGUGCUGCUGGAACGUUGACACCUCCGUUUCUGACUUUUCCAGAAACCAAAAAGGCCUUCACAGUGGUCCAAGGAGUGUGGGCCACAAUUGCACCCCAGGGUUGGAUCAAAUCCGACACUCGCUACAUCAACAUUGUUGAGUUGAAAAAGCAUUUCAUUGCAAAGAAUCUGCUGAACCCCAAUGAUAAUAAUAAGAAGAUCCUCUUGCUGGUUGAUGGACACGCCUCUCCUAUCUCAUACAAAAUCUUCCAUUUCUGCGAAGACGCUGGAAUCAUCCUCUGGAGUCUUCCCCCAAAGUCAAAGAUUACAAAGCACCCAGCCGACGCCGCCGUAGAAACUAUCCAAGCAGCUUGGACCACCAUUCUGAAGAGGCAGCAGAACCCCAGCCCCAGUUUGAUGACAGCUCUGCACUUUUCGAGCAUGUUCAAAGAUGCCCUUGGAACCCUGGAACGAUCUCCUGCAAUUUUGAAAAAAAGUUUCAAGGAGUGUGGAAUUGCUCCAUUCAAUAUGGUCAGUAUUUCAGCAGACUUCCCCGACAUAGUGCAGAGUGCUGUUGAAGAAGACACCGUGAUAGAACCCGAUGUGGUGCCAGUGCCUUUGGAGAGCAAUUGUCAGUACGUCGAUGAGAAAGCCCUGGUUGGAGGGUUCAACUUUUUCUGCUCUUUUCUGCCUCCAAAGAAACUCAAGCAGUUUCAAUCUGGCAAAGGAAAUGGCAAACUUCAUGAAAUUUGGAAAGACUGGUCCAGAAUGGUUGACGAGUACACCUCUGGCAAAGGAGACAACUUGAAAAGCUAAUUGAUUUAAUUUUAAAAUGGAAAAGUCAAUAAAUCAUGGCUUUAAAACA